GUCAAACACACGCAUCUAAACCAAAAUAAAGCCUCCUUCUCUCUAGCCCUCUUUGUACACCCCCAAGCUAGCAUGGGAGACCUCCAUCAUCCUUUCUUCCCCGGCUACCCUCUUUUUCCUCCUCCGCCUCCUUCCGUCGUGAAUCUUGGCCUAGGCAAUUAUGAUGGGCACAGAAGUACAAAUACCUAUGAUCUGAACAGCAAAAUAAUGCUCACCGCCAUAGUAUCAUUAUCUUUUGUUGUAGUAUUAGUUAUGGUACUACACGUUUAUGCAAGAUGUGUUCUCAGACGCCGUGCACGUGACAGAGCUGUGAUUCGCAAUCUAGGGGUUAUCACAGAUUCUUAUAACCAUACUGGACUUGAUCCGGCCAUCUUUGCUUCUCUUCCUACAUUUGUUUACAAGAAAACUGCUAGCUCUAGCGGCCAGGAAAAUGAUGCUUCUUUAAUAGAAUGUGCUGUUUGUUUAAGCUUUCUUGAUGAUCAGGAAACGGCAAGGCUUUUACCUAAUUGUAAGCAUACUUUUCAUGCGGAGUGUAUAGAUAAAUGGUUAAGCUCACAUACUACUUGUCCUAUCUGCCGUACCGAGGCUGAGCCGAAGAUUCAGCCAGUGCAACGUGAAGGUCCAGCCGGUGGUGCACCCACAGCUCCGGUGUUAGAGCGGGUGAAUUCUAGCUUAGUGGUGUCUGUUGAGGGAAUGUCAGAGAAUGAUCAAAGUCAUCAAUCUUCUAGUAACAAUAAGCGGCAGGCAAGUGGUUCUUCCAUGUCUCGACUGAGCUCGUUUCGACGGAUUCUUAGCGGGGAAAGAUCACCAAGAAGACUUCAAUCUGACGUUCAAGAACAAGGUCUGGAAGAUCUUGAGAGACAAUGAGUUUCUUUUCUUUUCUUGAAGUUAAUUACGCUUUCAUUAGAGUUGAGUCCUGAGACAACUCUAAUCUUAUAUUUUAGUUUUUCUUUAUUGUUUAUUUUUUUUUUUUUUUUAGUUUAAGUGCUCAAUAGUUAAUUAACAGUACAUAAUACAUGUGAAAAGACAUCCAUAAAUUGCCUAGGCAAAAUUAAGGAGAUGAUAUAUAUAUAAAUACACACAAAAUUCUUGGAUUGUAAUUUAUAAAAUUCUGAAUGUUAUAAGCUAUGUUUUUGGUUCCA